CUUGAGCCGAGAUGCCCUUGUUCGGCCGACAGGUCCAAAUGUGCCGCGGAUCACUGCAUUUGGGGUCUUUGGACCGCAUCGAUUGGAUCGGGGUGUAGACCGUACCAAAGCCUUCCCGUCGCAGAGCCUCCAGGCUCCAUCUUCAAGUUCAGGGAGAAGCCGAUGCCCCCCGCUCCGAACCCCCUCCCGUGUUCUUCCUUUUUUGAGCCGUUUUCAUAAUAACAACCAUCGAGCAAGUGGCAAUCAAUAGUCGAGCCAUCACACCACUACCAUAGGCUUGGAUCGACCACAAAUGGAUUCUGUAGUACAGCAGGAGGCGUACGACGGGCUCGACUGGCUGCAACCCGGCCAAAGGGAGCUGACUCUGGUGGAGAGCUACAUCAGAGAUAGAGCAUCCACCCUGCAUCCGGGCCUCGGCGGCUCGUCGCGUCUUGACAUCAGCCAAGGCAAGUUUGCGAUAGACGUGCGACCACAUCAGCAGAUAGAGCAAGUGCUCAGGUUAUACAUCAGCGAGACUCUAAACAUUCCCGUUACGAAGUUUGACAAUGCUCUCCCCGAUAAGAUCGGUGCCCUGGAGAAAGGCUACUGCGAUACCAAGCAAGGACUCUUCCACAAGUUGUGGUACAACAUGGGCGACAAGAGAGACAUUGUUGAAGCCUGGCUGGACGUGAUACCCGAUUCGUAUGGUGUUUGUGUCGUCAAAGCGGGCAUUGCAGUUGUGUUCAAGCUCGCCGAGAAUUCUACAGACAAGCGGGACAGAGUCUUCAAGACCUUCGCUACCUUUCGAGACGUCCUCGUCAGCUUGAGCUCUGACCGUGCCCGGUUUCGCCAAGACCCAAACGUUAGUGGCUCUGCCACAUCCUUGUACAAGGCAGUCGUCGAUGCCAUUGAGGACAUGGUGUUAGUGAUGUCGGCCAUGGAGAAAUCCUCAUUCGCAAAACUCACCACGACCGCCAAAAAGAAGUUUUCCAAGUCCAAGUCUGAAAACGAAACUGAAAAACACCGCCGGCCAACGCUAGAUACCAUCCUCGAGGCUCUCGACUUGCACAUUGCUCAAUACAAUGGCGCCAUCAAUCUGGCUCGGGAUCGGCACAUCGAGCAGACCAAGGCGUACGGCCACUUCAAUGCUAUAGGGAUCAUACGCACACAUCAAAACACCGUUUCACUUCGACAGAGGUUUGACGAGCAUGCGGCAGCCCAGAAACAACAGGGUGAAGACGGACUCGAGGCUUUACGACAGGGCCAGCAAGAAAUGCAGGUGAUUCAAGAUGGCAAUUACCGGAUUGAGGAGUCGCAAGUGGAUCUGAGGAAUGGAGUGAUGCGCCUUAUCCUCGAUGUUCAAAGGAGGAAUUCCAUACUGGAAAGGCUAGAUAAUCAAUUAUCCCUCAACAGCACGAGACGCAGAGCGGUAGUGAACCUUGACGACCUUUGUCACAUCCUGGCACAACCAUCGUCGGCACAGCUGGACAGCCCCCACGAUCUCAGACGUGUGUUUCAGCACCCCAGCGUUGAUUUGGGCCAAGCCCUCGCCGAGCAGGGCAGGCAGUCGGUCAAGAACCAAGGCCAUGUCCAGUCUCUGCUCAGUCACGAUCAAUUCCUCCACUGGCUGUCCCACCAACACCCGUCCUUGAUUCUCGUCGACGCAAACAUCCGCGAGUCAGCCUUGGCUUCUGUAUCAGCCAUCUCGGUCCUCAGCAGCACCCUCGCAACCAGUCUAAUGCAGGCGUACGCGGACGAAGCGGUGGUCAUUUCCUUCUUCUGCGGCAUGCACGCUUCACCCGCCGACGCGCUGUACGGUCCCACAGGAUUGAUACGGUCACUCAUGAUCCAACUCCUCAUGAAACUAGACACAACCGAUCCGGAAAUGCGAGAGUGGAACCUCGAUUUCAUCAACGACCGCGUUUUUGUGCAGAAUCUCGAGAGACACUCGUUGCCCGACCUCUGUUCGGCGCUCCACGAGCUGUUGUUCCAGUUCAAGCCAAAUACGCCGGUUUACUGCAUCAUCGACACAAUAUCCGCUUUCGAUGCCGAGCACCUGUCCCGGGAUCUUGAGAUCGUGUUUGGUUGUCUACAGCGCAUUAUCGAUGACCAGAGCCUCGUGCCCAUCUUCAAGGUUCUCAUCACCAAUCCCGGCGAGAGCACCCGUGUGAUAAAGGAUAUGGCGGUCUUUCGGGAAGAUCCCACAAGGAUCAUCAGUCUUGGUCGGCAGAGUAGGGCGGCGGGGAGGAUCUCGGCUCGCGUCGUGGAUGAGCAGCUCCUCCGGGCGCCGUCGCCUAUGCGUAGAAGAACACCUUCUCCUUUUAGACAGUCUAGGCAGUGUUCGCCUGCAGCGGGUCAACCGAGAUACCGGGUUCCACAUCACCCGGCAUAUUAUCAGGAAUGUGGUGCCUCUUUGGAUGGUAGUAAUGGCGGUGGGACUUGGAGUUAUUAAGGCCAAGCCUUCCUGGAGUGGCUGUGUGUGGUUAGGAUGAACUUGUUGUAUUUUUCAACGCUACAUGACUUGGCUCUGCUUCAUGAUAUGCCAACUUGGAUAUCACUUCAA